AUUUCCCGCGCGCGCUCGUGACCCCUAUAUAAACCUAAAUCGUCCCUCGUUCGUCAUCUCUUCGAACGGUGGAGCCUUGGCGCGAAGAGAUCUCCUCCAGGCCGUGACUUGCUUGAGAAGAAAUCGUUUACACGAGAUACGGUGUUUGCCGUAAUGGAAUUGGUGAUGCUAGGGAAGGGGGCAGAAUCUCUGAGGAAACGCAUGAAACCAGAUGUCGAAGAGAAGGAAGAGGACCCAGGACAUAAUGCUAUCGCAGAGAUGGUAGAAAAGGAAGAGACUGAGACAAACAUCGGGGGAUCUGAAGAGAUGGAGCUUCAUAUCACUCACAUUCUUGAUAAGAUUGAAAGCUUCACUCAGCUGGUGUCAGAGCUGCUGGAAUCAGGGAAAACAAUGUUCAAGGAACUAAGUGAUGAAUUUGAAGAGCGGUUGAUUAUGAUACACAAGGAACAAAUGGAGAAGUGGCAGGAUGAAAUUAAGGAAAUACGGCUGCUUGAUGCCUCAAAUGAAGAAGUGAAUGCUACUUUACAUAAUGCUCGAUAUUUACUUCAGAACCCUCAUGUAGACUCCUGAAAGGUGACUCAGUAUAUUUUCAAAUAUUAGUAUCAAUCUACAUUUACUAUA